AUGACUCGUUUACAUACUCUCGUGGGCACUCUCGCCCUCGUAUUCCUUCGUCCGGCCCUGGCCGUCCCCAACGUGACGGCCGUGCGCCUCGACGAUACCACGUGCCAAAAGUACCCGGCUGCACUUCCGUUGGCGGGCGGCGACCACGUUGACGCCAGCCGCUACCUCCAGCUCGUCAUCGCGCAGAGCGAAGACCCGGCCGUCGAUGGACUCUAUGCCACCGAGAUCCCUGUGCACUACGACGGCAGUGGUCGCGGCGAGCCGCUCGGCGACUUUAACUUUACCAGGCUGGCCUUCAGCCUGCUCCGCUCGCGCCUGUUUGCGCGCGUCACGUUCCGGUGCUUUGACGGGGUGCUCCGUCUCAGCACCUCGAACAGCAACGACACGGCCACGCCGUCGAAUCUGAAGCCGCCCGCCCUGGGUGUGCACAAGGACAAGAACAAUGCGUUUAUUAUCGAGUCGAAUCCCAAACUGGAGGCCAAGAAUGCGACGGCGGCCGCGCCCUGGCGCGGCUACCCAGUCGAGGCGUACGGCCACUACAACACCACCACGGGCGAGCGGCUGCCCGGCGUGUUUCUGGGUGUGCUCAAUCAGACAACGUGGGCCUUUGAUUUUGACACAUCGGGCCCCUGCGGUCAACCGUACGUAUACAACGCGCGGCUGCUGGGGCUGCCGCUGGACCCUGACGUGGAGAGCCGUGCAUCGGCCCCGGCCUGGUUCAAUGGCUUCAUCCAGGUGGUCGAGUACUCGUGA